AUGUUUUGGUCCAUCGGCCAUCGAUGACCCGUACAUCUAUGCAGUUUUCGAGUUGUUCGGAAAACCCGUAGACAAAGGUCUAGUUAAGUAAUUUUCUUUAUCGUCAAAAUGUCAAUGUCGAAACCGUCAUCUUGAAAAUUCCUCACAACAUUUUUUACCCUUAUAGCGAAUAUGGAGCAAAUCGUUAAAAUUUUCGUCCGUCAAAGCUACUUCGUAGAAGAAGAUUUAGUCGUUGACUACAACUUUGAACAAGAAGCUCAAGUCAGCAUUUCACCGAAGGACUGGAUCGCUUUGAUACCAAAAGGUUGGUCGGGUGUAGACGAACAGGUCGCUUUUAAAAAUGUCAAUAUCAGUUGCGAUGAAAUGAACCACCCGAUCAAGUCUAUUGUCAUGGAGAAAAGUUGUUUUCAAAAUGUGGUGGAAUGCGAGAAACAGUACCAGCUUAUGUACAUCGGUCAAUAUUUAGAGAUAUUGGGCAGAAGUGAGUACUUUACGUUUUAUCAUCAGACUGACGUUUGCAAUUGUGUCACAUUAUCGGGAGAGCCGUUGAAUAAAGAUAAGCCUAGAAGAAUCUCAUCUGUUCUCGUCCGGCGGCCUCCUCGAAGACAGUCUCCGACGCCUCGCGAGUUCUACAAAAAUCGUUCACAAUCGCAAAUGAACGUCGCCAUGAAAAACGAGGGGCCCAAGCCCAGAAAUUGUCCGCAGAACCUGUGCAGCAAAUGCAUGGCGCCAAACAACUACAGCGCGCUCGAAAGCAGUUACCUCACGAAGAUUCAGAAUUUGACAACGGAAAAGGAAGUGAUGGAACAGCGUUUGUUGAGGGUGGAAAAAGAUCUAGUGCAGACCUUGGAUGUGCUCAACAAACAGUUCAUGUUGAACAAAGCGUUUUACCAACAAAAAGAAAACAUUCAGAGGUUCAUCGACGAGCUGGUCGAGGGCCUGUUAAACGACGGACGAAUAACGUUUUGGGCCAGCGAUCAAGAGUUUACUGUGGUCAGAGAGUUCGAAGACAAAGAACGAUGCUGCGGUGCGAUGGCAGAAAGUGGUGACGUCUCCUCCAUGGCUUCGCCCAGGUCGCCGCAGACAACGUCCAGGGAAGCCUACUUGAAAGCCAUUAUUGGGCAGCAGGAGCAGACCAUUCAGCAUCUGGUCGCCAAAAUAAAGGAAUCUUUCGAUCUAUUCCUGAAAGUAAACCCACCGGCGGCAUCGGCCAGCGAACAACACCACGAUUUGGCCCUGUUGUUGGACGCGGCGGAGAACAACAAGUUGAUGUGCAGUAUAGGCUAUAUGGACAGCUCGGGCACUACCUAUUUCACACCCCCGCCGUUUUUCCCCGAACCGCCGCUGUACGAGCUUGGCGCGCACGACCAUUUCGUCGAAACCGGCUGUAAACCGGAGAAAAUGGUUUUCACCAAUUCGCAUAUUACAGAUCCGACUUACAAGAAACUAUCUUCGCCGGCCGUUACAAUAAACAGAAAGCAACAAGAUGUACAGGACGAAAAAAAACCAUGGAACGCGAUCCCGCUAGAACAACCGAACAAAUCGAAAUUGGACGGCGAUUUACAAAACAAUAGUCUCGAAAGUGACGAUAAAGAAGAAGUCGUAAUAAAUAAAUGUAAAAAUAUCGAUUACGACACUGGAGACGAAAAUGAAAAUACUAUUUAGGAGAAAACAUAUGUUUUUCCCUACAAAAAUGAUUAUGUAACCUGUUCUAAAUACUCAAAGAAACGUACGAAGAAAAGCUAUCGAAGAAAUUUAUAUUUAUUUUUAAGAGAACCAAGUACUUUUUUUUUGCUUCAUUAAUUUUUGUUAUACCUACCUUUAUUUUGAUUAUUUUCCCGAGAGCUGGUUUACAUGUUGAUUUCACAUAAGCCCGAAAAUAUAAUUGCUCGUUUUCCAAAAAUCGAUUUAUUAUUUAAUAAUAUAUAAUUUGUUUGUAAACAAAUGAUUUAAGCGCAAACGU